AUGUCAAUAUUUCAAAGACUGAAAAACUGGCUGACAGUGCUUGCUUUAACCUUUGCCUACACCUUUCCAAAAGCUGAAUAUGCACAAAAGGCAAUUCGCUAUUUACAGCUCUUUUUGUUUAGAGCAAGAUCAGAUUGGGUACAUGAAGAAUCUCGUGGUUACUGGAUCGCCGAAGAUUUACAACACAAUGCAAAGAAAGAAGCGAUAAAUGACCGUAUACUGGAAUCACAUGUUAUAUUUUUGUGGAUACCGGGUAACUACUCAUGGUAUAAAAGCGGUGGAUUUCGUUUCAACCCAAGCAGACUGUAUACCUCUACUUUUGCAGAUUGGAUAAGAGCAUUAGAAGCAGAUAAGGGCAUCAAGAGUAUGGUAUUUGUUGCAGACUAUAGACGCGGACGUGAACAUCUAUUUCCUGCGGCGGUUAAAGAUAUUGCAGACACUUAUGACUGGUUAAUCCAUACACUUCAGAUAGAUCCAAAUAAAAUCAUCAUUGGUGCAGACGAUGCUGGAGCUGCUGUAGCUCUAGAUGCUCUCAUGCUAAAAAUACCCUCUGAACUUAAACCAGCUGCCAUGAUCUGUGCUUCACCUUAUAUAGGAUUAGAAGCAGGAGGUGAAUCAUGGAGAAACAACCUUAGUAAAGAUAUAUUAAACGAAAAGGCGAUUACACACAUGGAAAACAACUAUUUGAAACCAGAAGAAGAAAAUGAAGAUGAAGAUGAUUAUACCGUUCCAGAAGCAAAAUAUGAAGAUGGUCUUUCUCCAUUUGAAUAUCUAAAGAGCGAUGUUGAAGUGGGCUCAUGUUUACCCAAGCGUAUGCUACUAUUCUUAGGUGGUCAAGAAGUCCUGUUGGAUGAGGGCGGUUACUUAGCCUCAAAGGCCAGACAAGGUGGUGUUCAGGUUGUUGUCGUACAAGAGCCUACAGGCAAGCACCUUUGGUCAAUGUUGCCUGACAUACUUGCUGAAGAGGUACACGUUAAGCAAACAGUUUGCGAUCGACUUGUAGAAUUUGUCUCAAACUGUAUUCAUAAAUGA